AUGGACAAUCAAGUACCCAGGAGGCGAGGUGGGAAGGCAUUCGUUAUUCCACCUCUUCCAACAUCAAAGCUCCCAGUGGAAAGAGAGGGGAAAGCGAGGUCACCUCUAGGUCGAUCUAGGCGCAAGAGAGGCGAUUUCCCGUCGUCUGAGGGUGGCGAUUUUGUGCGAAAUCAGCAGAAGGAAAACCGUCCAUUGGCACCUUUGAAUAAACUGAAGAAUGAGAGAGACAGUCGAGGUGUUCUAGCUCCACUUUCAUUUCCAAGCAAUGCCACGACACGAGCUGGUCGAUCAUUAUUUGCCGUGGGUCCAGCGGCUGCGGGGAAGCCGAAACAUUCUGCCCUUGUGACUUUGGAGAUGCCAAAGGACCCCUCUGGUCUUCUACCUUCCUCGCUCAAGCCGACGACAGUGAAUAGAAAAUAUGUUCAGAAUGUUCUCAAGAGAGGGGAGACCGUAGAAUCGCUUUUCGGUAUUACCAAUCGAAGUUCCCACACUUACCGUCAAUUCUGCAAUUCACUCGUCAAUGCAACACAAGCGAAUGCUGCUGGCUGGAGACAAGUACUGGAGCUGUCACAUGAGCAAGGAAAAGAACCCUCAGACUCUUCUAGUUCGAAUGAAACAACGCGUUUGCUACAACUUCAUCGACGAGCAAUAUCCUUGUUUCCCAUGGAGCGCGAGCAGCCUGACGAUCGGUCACAUGUUUUUCACAUUUGGCUUUCAUAUGCAAAGCUGUUGAACAAUAUUGGCUCACAGCAAGAGUAUCGCAAUACAAUGCGACAGAUUAGUGAGAGAUUCCUCCAUGGGACGGAUGCUUUUAUCUAUGUCGCUCUGUCGGAGCUUGAGGGCAAGUCCAACCCACUGAAAGCGAAAGAAAUCCUCGAAUUGGGUCUAAAGCAGAAUGCACAACCUUCGGCGCUGUUGAAGGACGCUCUCUGUCAGCUUGCUGGUACAGACUCAGUUCCUUUUUACGGGGUCGAGAAAGGCCGUUCCAGACCAUGCAAAACACAGUCUUCAGAAUACUGCCCCAACCAGAGAACGACACUGGCACCAACCCACCAGAAAUCCUUGUCUUCCCCGUCGGCAGAGUCCGCGUCGACCGUGCGAUCAUCCAUGUCCACUAUGUUAUCUCCUAAAAAGCGAAUGACAAAUGUUGAAAGCCCCCGAAAACGGCGUCGAAUAGAGCUGAGUGUGCACGAAUACACCCCUGGAGGCAAAGACACGAAACUAGCCGAUCUGAGCAACAGUCGAGAACCAAGCCCGUCUUCAAAGACACUUUCGCAAUUCUCCACUCCACCAGCCUCAAACGUCAAGCCAAUGGACUGCCAUUCGGCUAUAUCCGUAUUCAUUCAAAACCAGGAAAGACCGAUCGCUCACAGUGCCCAUGGGAACGAAUGUGUCAAGGGCGCAAGAAUUCAUCAAAAUGUCUUGAGCAAACUGCCGACCGCAACCGAGAUGGUGACAAAGGGAAACCUCAACGAAACUCCUAAUCGUCAAGUUAGAGGGCCGCUUGCAGCGUCUCCUCGAAUCCAAAGCAACCAAAAGAUCGUCAGGAGAAUUGCCUCGGCCAGCAACGACGGAGACGUAGCCAACCCCACAAGACCUCCUUUGCCAUCUAAGACGCCGCGUUUGGCUCGCGUUGGCUUGCGGGGCAGCGCGCAACGAGUUGGAAUUGGCCAGGUGGCUGUCGACGACUCUGACAGUGAUGAGAGUGUCGAACAGGGAUGUGGCGGCGAGAACUCGACAUCCACGGAACAGAAAACAGCUCCUAAGCUAAGUGGAAUCGACCUUGACUACAUACUGAAAUGGCAUCCGCAAGGGUCAGUUGCCGCUGAGAAAGACAAAUCUCGCGACUCGCAACAACCAGAAGCGUCAACGGAAGACAACAUCAUCAAAGUGAACCAUGUGCCGUACGUGAAGCUUGGAGUAAUUGGCAAAGGUGGCUCGAGCAAGGUGUAUCGGGCGUUGACCAAGGAUUGCUCGGUUGUUGCCAUCAAGAAGGUGAAACUAGCCGAUUUGGACGAGAAAGCUGUUGAAGGCUACGCGAAUGAGAUUGCAUUGCUCCAGCGACUGAAGGACAAUCCGGCCAUCAUCAAGAUGUAUGACAGUCAAGUCGACCGAAGCCGUAAUGCAAUCUUUGUCGUGAUGGAAGUGGGCGAAGCAGACCUCAACUAUGUGCUUCAGCAGCAAUCUUCUUCUUCCUCGUCCAGACGAGAUCCCAGUCCCUGCUUGAACAUGAGCUUUAUAAGGCUAACGUGGUAUCAAAUGCUGAAUGCCGUGCAAUGUAUCCACGAAGCAAGAGUUGUCCACGGUGACUUGAAGCCCGCAAACUUUGUGUUUGUGAAGGGGACACUAAAACUGAUUGAUUUUGGAAUUGCCAAGGCCAUUCAAAGCGACGAUACGACAAAUAUCUACCAUCAGUGA